CCAUUCAAGAUGUCAUGACUAAUUCACUGUUUGUCAGCCACCAAGGAGAUGAUCUCAACAAUUGUGGUAACUGGACUAUGCCAUGUCGUACUGUGCGACAUGCAGUGAAGAUGUCUAAUGAUGGAGAUCAAAUUUAUAUUGAUUAUGCACAAGGAAGACCUUAUAUGGAAUGCGAAAAUUUAACCCAAACAACAUGCUCUAUCGAGUUAACAAAAUCUGUUUCAUUUCAUGGUAUCAAUGGAAAAGCUAAAAUUCAAUGUAGGAAAUGUUACAAAAUUUUUAACAUAGGGAGCUCGAGUUUUAAAAUAACGCGAAUCAAAUUCCUGAAUUUGGUUAUAUCAAAUUCAAAUAUUGUUGCUGAACUUGAUGUAAUGGCCAAGGUAGAAUUAAUAUUUCAAAAUAUGUUGAUCAGGGAUAACUCUUGUUCUAUGUACAGCAAGAAUUCGAUUGAUUGUUCGAUUAAGAUAUUUAACUCAAGUUUUGUAAAUAAUUUCAAUUUUCGGGGAAUUUAUCUGCGAUGUGUCAACCUCACUGUACAUAUAAACACUGCUUCCUUUAUAUUAACUCCUGUGCUCUUCACAAACAUUGCAAAUAAACCAACAAGCUGGAAAAAAACAGAGAUUUUAGUACAAAAUACGAUUUUUGAUGGUAAAAAGAUUAAAAAAUGUGCUCCAAUGCUCAUGAUAAAGCCGUUUGCAGCUACAUUUAAUGUCACAAUAAGUGACUCCGAGUUUAAAAAUCAGUUUGCAAAUUGCAGUUACAGACGAGAUAGUCGGCUUUCUACAUUGCUAAUAUCUGACUAUAACUCAGAUGUCCGUAAUAUAACAUUAAUAUAUUUCAGCAAUCUGAAAUUCGAAAAUAACUACAACAACGGGGCUACACUUUUCCUAAGCGCAGCAUAUCUGGAAUACACUGCAGUACAUGUUAUGGUAAAAGACAGUAUUUUCAGGAAUAAUUCGAUUGCACUUCGAGUUGGUAGUCGUUAUUUGGGUGGACACCAUUCCCCAGCGAAGCAGCCCACAAUAAUUCUUGAAAACAAUACGUUCGUUGAAAACUUUUAUGACAAGGUAAAAAUUACUGGUGCAGCAGCAAUUCACUUCACGAAUGUUAAAACCCGAGUAUCGUCCUGUCGUUUCCUUGACAACAAGCCUGGUCAAAAUCCUUACACUGGUGUAGUCAAAAUUGCGGAAUGGGCAACAGUUACAUUUUUUAAUUCUUAUUUUGAAAACCGCCAGAUGGCAGAACAAACUAAUCAACUGUUUGCAUCAGGAAACAAACCAGUUUAUUUUCGUGGCAAAAAUACGUUUAAUUUAGUCGCAUUAAAAGAGAGCCAGACUGUAUUCAUUCGUGUACCUUCCAUUUUUAACAGUAAAGUUAUUAUCAAGAAGAAUUUUAAGAUCUUAUGUCCACAAGGCUACAAAGUGAAUUCGCAGCGAGAGUGUGUGAAUAUAAAGAAUGCAUACCUGUGUUUCUAUAUCAAUAUCCAAUGUGAACAGUGUCCAACGAAAACGUACACAAUCGAAAGAGGCAAAUUCAUUUUCAAUAAAAGCAAUGACAUCCAAUGUCUGCAAUGUCCUAGAGGAGGGGACUGUGGUAGUGGACUGGUCACGCCCAAACCAAACUUUUGGGGUUACAGAACAAAUAUGCAAAUCGUCUUUGUCCAAUGUCCCCCAGGAUACUGCUGCGACUCCGAGGAUUGCGUCACCUAUGAUGGUUGCCAUGGAAACAGAUCUGGUACACUUUGUGGUCAAUGUCCAGAAGAAAUGUCGGAAAGUUUGUUCUCCACACAAUGUAUAUCAAACACAGAAUGCUCCUUCAAUUAUUUCUUUAUAAUUGGCACAAUUGCAAUGCUUGUUCUAUAUCUUGUCUUCUUUCUUUACCAUAAAGAAAUUGUGAGCAUUCUUCGAACAAGUUUAUUUAGUAAGCGCUUAUCGUUCUCAAUAGACAACAGAAACGAGCGAAGAAACAAUGUCAGCACCGGUGGUAAUACCUCUUCACCCAGUGGGAUGAUUAAGAUAUUCUUCUAUUACUAUCAAGUUUGUAAUUUGCUAAGAAGCUCUGUAGGUUCUACUAAAAAGGGUCAAUUCAUUCAUAAUUUUGAGAAUGUUAUUUCAAGGGUAAUGAAUAUGGUUCUAGUUAAUCUUCCAUCGUUUAAAUGUCCUCUGAAGGAUCUUCAUGCUGUUCCUAAGGCCGUUAUACUACACUCCGUGGGGUAUUGUCUUCUUGUUCUUCUUUGUCUUCUUUAUUCUUUAAGCAAGUUGAUUCCGAUCUUAAGAAGAUUAGGAAAUGGUGGCGAUAGAAGAACAGCGUUACAACAUGUCACUUCAACAAGGUCUGAUCAUAGAAGUAGCGCUUCAAUAUCGUCAUUUCCACAACGAGUUGCUUCGGCCUUCACUUACAUUUCUUUAUUGAUGUACGCUUCGUCAGCUAAACUCUGUCUUUCCCUGCUUCAUUGUGUACCAGUUGGUGGCAGCCAAGUUUUAUUUCUUGAUGGUAAUCUAAAAUGCUACCAAACAUUUCAAUAUUUUUUUCUUGUUUACAUGAUUACUUCCAUACUUCCAUUUUGUCUUGUUCCUGUUCUCGGCUCGUAUCUUUUAAAGUUUGAUCGAAUUGGUGUGAAACAAUUUUGUGCGGCCUGUAUCAUCCCUCUGCCAUUUUGUUGUUUUUGGUUGUACUUGUUGCUUAAGGACUGUCGUUGUGGAAAUCAGAGAUCGUAUAACACAAUAGACGAAAAUGAUAAUACUGUAAGAUCUGAACAAGAUCAUGACGAAACACAAAGCCUUGACAGUGAAGAAAUUACCUUUGCCUCUUCCACUGAUAGCAACGAAACCAUUUCUACGAGAAGUGAAUCAGCCAUUCUCAGUGUGUUGUUGGGUCCAUUUCGACCUCACCAAGCUGUUAUGUGUUUUCCUUCUUCACAUAUUCCUUGGGAAGGUUUUCUUAUCUUUCGUAGAUUGGUCUUGAUCAUUGUGUUGACUUUCGUCUACGACAUUCAGCUCAGACUUUUUCUAGCUUUAAUAUGGUGUGUAGCCAUUCUAAUCUGCCACACCAUUGUGUAUCCUUUUCAGAGAAAACGCGACAAUGUUCUGGAAUCUUUUUCUCUUGGUACACACGUGGUCCUGUGUGGUUCAACUCUAAUAAAAGCUCUUUAUUACGGUGAAGAUUAUUCGUCUUUUUCAAAAAGUUUGCCUGUGUUGAACGUGAUCGAAAAUAUUCUUAUUGUCGCUCCAUUGUCUAUCAUUAUGAUCGUUGUUAUCUUUUCUCUUGCUAUAAAGUUGGUUUUUGGUUUAAAACUCUGUGUAUCAGUGUUGAUUCGAAAGGUUUUAAAUUUGUAAUCACUUAAUAAUUAAAUAUUUUAAGCAUUAGUUUACGAAUUGUAGCUAAAAUAGUGAGUUGAACUAUUUAAUGUAGUACCAUAAAUUUAUGUUAGGUCGGACAAUUAGCAUAACUAUAUACUGAUGUAGUUGAUAUUAUCAUACCAAACUUGUGAAUGUUAAAAUGUAAAUAUAAUGAUUUUUCAAUAUUUUGUACUGUUAUUUUAUGGAUCUUACCGUUUUUUGUGCUUUAAUCUUCCAACCAGAAGUCCUUGCUAUAUAGGCCUACAAUAAACGUCCGAAUACAAACCCACCCGAAUAUAUAGAGGAUAUUACAUGCCGGCGCGAAGAUAUGACUUUUAUCUUCGAGUGGUGAAAACAAUAUUUUAUGAACGAGCGCAGCGAGUGAGUAAAAUGUUGUUUUUAACACGAGAAGAUAAAAGUCAUAUAUCUUCAAGCCACCAUGUAAUGUUCUGUUUAUUAUAUAGUCCUAAGCAAAAAAUUGUGAAAUUUAACGCUCAAAAGCAAAUUGUCAAAUUGUCAUGUGAUCGAUAUCUUCACUAGUGAAGAUAUGGAAAAUAUGUCACUGUGUAUUUUUCAGUAUCUCUCACUCUCUACUAUAUAAUAAAAGCCCAUCCGAAUAGUCGCUCCAGUGUCUAUCAUUACGAUCGUUGUUGUUGUUUCUUUUGCUAUAAAGUUGGUAAUUAGUUUAAAGCUCUGUUUGUCAGCCUUAAGUCAAAAGGUUAGGAAUCUUGCAAACUUUACUUUAUAAUUAUCUAUUAAAUAUUUUAAACAUGCAUUAAUCUAUAAACUGUCGUGAAAACAUUGAGUUGAAUUAUUGAACGCAGUUCACUUGUAUCCGGAUAUAAUUUAAAAUAAUAUCCUUACAUGUUUUAUGGCAUGCAAUUAUUUUAAUCCUAUAACCGACUAUGAAGGUGAUCUACUAUACUUGUUUAUUUUACAAUAUUAUACCUCAAAUUGGGCCUGCAAGGAAGGCCGAGUAUUUUAUAUUUGUCGCGUUCGUACACGAACGCAGCAUUCUGAUUGGCUGUUUGCUGUUAUUUCGAUUAAAAAUGGAACAACAGACAAUUUAUUGUUCACUUGAAGGAAGAGAUGUUUUUGCCGUUAUGCCAUCGGGAUUGCUUGUCGUGAAGUGUUGGAAUUGCAACAUUACCAGUGGGGUAAACUAUAGUAUAACUUUACUUGAAUUUCAUUAAUUUCAAACAGAUUUGAUACGUUUGUUAUAAAGUGCUUAAAGCGCAAUAACUUGAAUCAUGCUAAUAUUAAAGAUGCAACAGAGCGAUACAAAGAAUGUAACUAGAUUCAAAGUUCUUGCAAACCAUGGAAGCAGGAAAUUUGAAACAAAUUUGUUUCUUUCAUGACUUAAAUAGUACUCGCGCAACAUUUAUCAUUUAUAGACCUGCAUGGAGCAAGGAAGAUUCAGCGAAAUAUUACCCUCAGCGAUGGUAUUUCCCAAGGUGCUUCGCCCCCGAGGGAAAUAUCAUCACUGAGGGUAAUAUUUCACCGAAUCCCCUGAGCGGUGGGUCAAUAAAUGAUAUAUUAUACCGAAAAUUAAAAGCCUGCACGUUGAGAAUAUAAAACUUAACGCAAGUAUUUGUCACUUUUAUUUCGAAUCACAUAUCGUUUAAAAUAUUGAUGAUAUUACUUUAAAAAAAUAGCUUUCUUCGAAGUUUGAAUAAUUCAUCACUCCUUAGUAAAUUUUGUCGCCCAUCUUGUUUGCGUGAUCGCCUCGCGUGGUUUACGCGAAUCAUAUCAACCGGGUGAUAUGAUCAAAUCACCCCAUGUGAUGAUUGAAAUCACCCGCUACGUGAAAUACGAUGACGUAAGGCGUGAUUCGAUGACAAUUUCAUGCUCACGUGGAACAAAUUUAGCUUUUUGAUUGGACACUACGAAUUUGAGGUAUAAUAUUAUGUAAAGUUAUAAUACAUAUAUAGUCGAUCAGAUUAGUGACGGAAAAUAAGGAACUACAGUGAAGCAUGCGAGAUAAGGGAAAGCGUAGGGCUCUGAUUCACACGAGACCAGAUAAAUUGGAAGCCAUGUGCUUGAAAUUCCGCCGUUUCCGGGCGUCCUAUGUGAACGUGUAAGGCGAAAUCGCGGAAAUUUCUGUACCUUCCGGGUUCACUCAGUCAAGCGUGUAGCACGAAAGAAAAAGAAAAUGAUUAUUUCUCAGGAAAUUAUGUUUAGUAAUUUCAUUUAUGCAUCCUCGCUCCUUUUAAGUAAAUGUAAAAUAUUGUUCCUUUGUUUACCGGCCAACAACAAUGAUAGUAAUCCUGUCUCACUUCAUUUGUCUAUAGAUAAAUAGUGCAGGAAACCGUCAUUUCAUGUCAUAUUACACUAUGUUUAAACUAUGGCUAUUCACUGUAGUAUUGCUGUUUUUCCAAGGUAGGUUUCAAUAUAUACGGUCAGUAUCGUGUGGUUAAGUAUUCGAGGAUUUCUAUUUACAUUUUCAGGUUUGAUAUUGUUUUUGAAGUUCAUGUUAUCAUUCAACAUACUUUACCAAUAUUUAGAGUAUUACUAACGAUCCAAGUCCCAUUGCAUGUCGAACAUCCCAGAGAAUAAGUUCAACACACACCAUAUUAUUAUGAGAGAAUGCAUGGGAUCAGGGUGAAUCAUGCAUCGUGUCCAAGGCAUCGCUUAAAGCUUUUAUGUCAAGUUCAACAAGUUGCUAAAGCGCUGCUCGACUAGUUAGAUCAUAGAAUAAGGUGUUUAAGUCGUAGCCAUUACGUUAAAGUCGUAUCCUUUGUCCCCAGUUGCAUGUCAAACAUCCCGGAAAAUAAGUUCAACACACACCAUAUUAUUCAACCUCCCAGGCUCUUUCCUCUACGCUCCUUGCUAUGAGGUUGCAUAUUUUUGUGAGAGAAUGGGAUCAGGGUGAAUCAUGUCAUACUACACUAUGUUCAAGGCAUCGCUUAAAACUUUUAUGUCAAGUUCAACAAGUUGCUAAAGCGCUGCUCGACUGGUUAGAUCAUAGAAUAAGGUGUUUAAGUAAUAGCCUUUACGUGGUUCCGGUCUAUCCUAUACUUUAACCUCGAACCUCGACAGACUAAAAUAAAGCAAGCUAAAUAAAGUAUUGUCUUUUUUAAGGUAUCCACCAUGUAUCAUUAAAGAAUGUGUGCGUCAGUCACCGUGGACAAGAUGAAGAUAAUUGUGGCAACUGGACAUUACCAUGUCGCAGUGUGAGACACGCUGUCAAGAUUUCCAGUGCUAAUGACGUCAUACAUAUUGAUUACGCUGAGGGGAGACCUUAUAAAGAAUGUGAACAUCAAAUUGGAGAAUUAUUCUGAAUAAAUCAAUAUCGUUUUACGGCUUUAAUGGAAGUGCGAUAUUACAUUGUGAACAAACCUACCCAUUUUUUGAGAUAAAUAGUCAAAACCUCAAAAAUUGUUCCGCUCCAGAAAUUGUAUUUUCGAACCUUUCGCUGGCUAGUCGUGGAAUGUUGUUCAAAACCUUUGCCAUUUCUAAUAGGUUUGAACUGGAAUUUAAUUUCUGCGACAUAGAGAGGUCUUUGUAUUUUGUCUGGGCUGUAUCCUUAUCUUGCUCGAUUCAAGUGUUCAAUUCCAACAUCCGAAGUUCUCGUGAUCCGAUAUUCAUGUAUUGUGGUAACCUAUCGGCUCGUCUGAUUGGAUCAACAUUUUUCUCAUGUCCAAGUACUUUUGUGUCUAAUUAUACUUAUUUUUCAAGCGAAGUUAGUUUACUUCCUUAUGAGGCAGUAUUGAACGUUCAUAUCUAUAACUGCACUUUUAUACCGACGGAAAGAAAACAAUCGUGUGAAUGGCUUCUUUCAAUCGUUCCUUGGACUGGUACUGGUAACAUCACAAUUAAGACUUCCACAUUUUUGAACUUUACUGAUCCUGUGAAAAGGGUACGAUAUGCGGCACUCUCAAUAUACAGUGGCUCUCCGCUCUUAUUGUCAACAAGCAUAGUUUUAGAUAAAUUACAUUUUGAAAACAUUAACUUAGGCCCGGUGGUUUAUUUACAACUAAAAAACAAACAAUGCCAUGUCUCGAUUUUUAACUCUAUGUUCGUAAACACUGCCACAGCACUUGUCUGCAAGUUUAAUCACUGCUCUGCUAAACUUUACAAUAUUACGUUUAACUCGACACAUAGUAUGCUUGGAUCAGGAGAUAUGAUCAGUCUCCUCGGUCGUUCCUACCAUUUGUUGUCAUGCCAUUUUUUUCGAAAUUUUCCUGCGCAAAAUCCUAUUUAUCCACUUAUUCGCACUGACGGUUCAACCGAAGUAACGUUCGAAAACUGUUCGAAUGAAAUUUAUCCUGCUGUAAAAACUAGUCGCAAUGGCAACGUAUUGAGCAGCAACAUGUUCUACUUUCUUUCGUACGAUGCAACUGCAAUUGCGCAUGAAGGAGUAAGUCUUUUUGUGAAAGGAUACUUUACAAUGCUUUGUCCCCCAGGUUAUAGAAUGAAUUUAAACGUUGUGCGUGAUAAGUCUGCAGCUGUACCAGUAAAGUAUUGGUUAUUUGUUGCGUUGUGUGAGCAAUGUCCGCGAAAAACAUACUCUUUAGACAGAGGAGAAGCUCAUAAUACCCGGUCCAACCACAUCACCUGCCACGACUGCCCUGUGGGUGGGAACUGUGUCGAAGGUCAGGUGACGUCUAAACCUAAUUUUUGGGGAUACGAGUCAAACGAGGAAGUCGAGUUUCUACAAUGUCCUCCCAAAUAUUGCUGUGAUACUGAUGACUGCGAAAACUACAACAGUUGCCAUGGUAACAGAAUGGGUACUCUGUGUGGUGAAUGUCCCAGUGGAAUGUCGGAAUCUCUAUUUGACACAAAAUGUAAAGCAAACAAAGAUUGCACGAGUGUUACGUUUUGGACGGCGAUCUCAGCUUACUUAAUUCUUUAUCUCUUAUUUUUCUUAUACCAUGGCAAUAUCGUCAAUUUUGUACAGAAACGUUUUAUUUCAUUGUUGUUACCGUCCGGAAACGGUCGAAAUUCCAAAUCCGGUGGCUUCCUGAAAAUAAUAUUCUAUUAUUAUCAGAUUAUUCAUUUGUUAAGAAAUACUGUUCGCUCUGACGCAAAAGUUAAACUAUUAGAUUAUAUGGAAACUUUUUUAUCCAAAUCAUUCAAUUUUCUUAUCAUUGGUAUUCCUUCCAUUGAUUGUCCAUUCCAAGAUCUUCGUCCUGUUCAAAAAGCAGUCAUUGUUCAUUCUGUAGGAUAUAGUUUGUUAAUACUUCUUUGUCUAUUUUCUAUGUCUUUGUAUCUUUCUACAUUUGUAUUCACGGUACUUAAGAAACUGAGGGCUAGAUCCACUCAGGAGAUGGUCGCACCUACAGAAACAAUGCGUCAUAGUCCUAUCCUGGAAGAGAAUCCUUUUCUGGGCCGUAUCGCAGGGGCCUUUGCCAACAUUUCACUUUUAAUGUACGCUGCUUCGACUCAACUCUGUCUUUCCCUUCUCCACUGUGUUCCAGUUCGUGACAACCAAGUUUUAUUUCUUGAUGGUAAUGUAAAAUGUUACCAAACAUUUCAAUAUUUUCUUCUUGCUUACAUGAUUUCUUCCAUACUUCCAUUUUGUCUUGUUCCUGUUCUCGGCUCGUAUCUUUUAAAGUCUGGUCGAAUUGAUGUUAAGCAAUUUUGUGCGGCUUGUAUCUUCCCUUUGCCAUUUUGUUGUUUUUGGAUGUAUUUGUUGCUUAAGGACUGUCGUUGUGGAAAUCAGGGAUCGUAUAACACAAUAGAAGAAAAUGAUAAUGCAGUAAGAUCUGAACAAGAUAAUGACGAAACACAAAGCCUUGGUAGUGAAGAGAAUACCUUUACCUCCUCCUCUGAUAGGAAUGAAACCACUUCUACGAGAAGUGAAUCAGCUGUUUGCACUGAUAGCAAUGAAGCCACUGCCACGAGAAAUGAGUCACCCAUUCUCAGUGUGUUGAGUGUGUUGUUGGGUCCAUUCAGACCUCACCAAGCUUUUAUGUGUUUUCCUUCUUCACAUAUUCCUUGGGAAGGUUUUCUCAUUGUUCAUAGAUUGGUCUUGAUUAUUGUGUUGACUUUCGUCUACGACAUUCAGCUAAGACUUUUUGCAGCUUUAAUACUUUGUGUUGCCAUUCUAAUCUUCCAUAUGUUUGUGUAUCCUUUUCAGAGAAAACGCGACAAUGUUCUGGAAUCUUUUUCUCUUGGCACACACGUGGUCCUGUGUGGUUCAACUCUAAUAAAAGCUCUUUAUUACGGUGAAGAUUAUUCUUCUUUUUCAAAAAGUUUGCCGGUGUUGAAUGUGAUUGAAAAUAUUCUUAUUGUCGCUCCAUUGUCUGUCAUUAUGAUGGUUGUUAUCUUUUCUCUUGCUAUAAAGUUCGUGUUUGGUUUAAAGCUCUGUGUAUCAAUCUUGAUACGAAAGGUUAGGAGAAUUUUAAGGUUUAAUUUGUAAUCACUUUAUAAUUGGUAAUCACAUUAGUUUACGAAUUUUAGCUAAAACAGUGAGUUGAACUAUUGAACGUAGUGCUAUGAAUUUAUGUUAGGUCGGACAACAUUAAGAUUAGUGUAACUAUAUAUUAAUGUAGUUUUUAUUAUCAUAGCAAACUUGUAAAUGUUAAAAUGUAAAUAUAAUAAUUUUUCAAUAUUUUGUGUUGUUAUUUUAUCGAUCUUACUGUCUUUUGUACCAGAAAUUCUAUACAGCUGUUUUAAUCUGACUAAUUAACACCAAACAUCAUUUCGCCCACGAAUCACGCGUGUAUACAUGUAAUAUAAGUGGCCAUAGCGCGCGAGACAAAAACACAAUAUUAUAUUCAAGCUGUGUUUCGAGAAAAUGUUGAAUAAUGGCGGCGUCGAUAAUCGCUUAGCGAUACAAGUUUAUUUCAUAUUUUGUUUUGGUAAGGAUUAUAAUUCUUAUUCCUCAAACUAGUAUGUAUCUCCCAAAGACAAUAACACAUUAUAAAUUUAAUAAUAUUCGUAGCAAUUGGCUCAUGUUUAUUAUGAAAGUUCAUAGACAUACGCAUUGUCAUAUUCAUUUGAUACUUUAUCGCACAACUAUAGUCUAUAUACAAUCUUGUGAUCUUUAACCUUUUAUAUUCGACAGCCAACUUUGACUACUAAGUGCGAGACGAAUUAAAUGUCUAACUAAGACGACUAAAAUGUCCUUUGCCUUUGGACGAAAGUAUCAGGCGAACCCAAUUUCUCGUGUGUAUAUUUUAAGUCUGAAUUCCAGUUAAGGUUGAGACAUGCACACCGGACGCGAUUCGACAACGCGACAUGGAUUUUCACUGACCGAUAACUUUGAUCCUGAUUUAAGUUUUUCAAAUAUUUAGAAGCGCUAUAACAAUUUGAGUUAUUUCGUUUACAUGUCUUUUAAAAUUUCCUUUCAUUGACUGUUUUACUAACUGUCAAAAGCUGAAAAAUCGCGCUGCGUGUCGAAUCGCAUCCGAUGUGUCUCGGCCUUUAAAAGACGUCUUUUAAUAUAAAUAUGGCUAAUGGCUAUUAGCCAAAUAAUUUCUUGUUCCUUUUUCAUGCUAUAAUUAAAUGUUUAUUUGUUACAUAUAAAAUGAAAUCAAUAUUUUCACUUUGGGUUGUUGUAGUGAAUACAUAAUUUACAAUCACAUGGAAUAAAUUUAUUAGUGUUAUGUUCUAUUAUGCUGAGGAUUACGUAAUCGGGUUACGCGGGCUCUGCAUUUAGCCUGCGUAGCGGGUUAUGUCUAGCCUGCGUAGCGAGCUAUGUCACUCGACAAUGGAUAGUUAUGAGGCUGAAUAGAAUUGUCCCCGGCCUCAGUUCGAGUGAAUAAAUUGAUAGAAAUUUUGUAGUUUAUUUUAUUUAGUUACAGUGAGAUACAAGCACGCUCACGGCGAGUUCCUUCGGGUGGAGAUACGACCUAAGGUCGCCCGAUUUAUGGUGCAGAGAAGCGAGAAUAAUGAGCUCACAAUUCAUACCAAAGACUGUUCUCGUCUCUUUGUAUAUUAGCAUAUACUCGGGAAGUGGAUAGUGCUUUUCACGCAAUUUGAUUGGUUGCUCAGUUCCGGAUAUACUUUCACUAUUUACUUCCGGAAAAAAUCAAAAUGGCUUCCCGUUUCGUUCCGGCGAGCAAAUUUACUUGUACUAUUUAAUUUGUUCUAAACGAAGCUGCGGUUCCGCCAAACAGAAGAAAUCCACCAAGUUUUGUUUAACAGUGUGGAGAGGUACUCUUAAAGCUAUUCGUAAUGAAUAACAUGACUGAAAUACAAAUUGUUUUAAAAAUUGUUCGUUGGUUUUUUGGUCAUAUUUGUUUUGUUGUGAUAUAUGCUAAAACAAUUAUUCACCUCAGUGUUGAGAUAUUCGGUGAAUAUUCUUGCAUUAUAAUGUUUGUGAUGUUACUCUGAGUGUACAUCCACACUGGGCAAGCUGAAACGUUUGCCUGACCACGGUGGGAAUAGACGUGACCUUUAGGAUACUAGUCCAAUAAUGCUCUACCAACUGAGUUACGAGGUCAGGUUGGUUCCAAUUGGUGAUAUAGUUGGUAGAGCAUUGGACUAGUAUCCCAAAGGUCGCGGGUUCGAUUCCCACCGUGGUCAGGCAAAUUUUUCAGCUUGCCCGGUGUGGAUGCACACUCAGAGUAACAUCGCAAACAUCAUAUUCACCUGAGUACAUAACACCAACACAAAAAGUAUCAUUAUCCACCCCCACUUUUGUAAAUAUUUGUUAAUUAUAUUUACGAAUAUUCCCGUCUCGAGCAAUGGAGAUUCACUCGAUAUUUGUACAGCGUACGUAACCUUUUCAAAACCUCUUUAUGUUUACUUAAAGUGUCCAGCAUGUAUUCUUAAAGAAUAUAUUUGUCAGUCACCGUGGACAAGAUGAAGAUAAUUGUGGCAACUGGACAUUACCAUGUCGUAGUGUAAGAUACGCUGUCAACAUUUCCAGUGCUAAUGACGUCAUACAUAUUGAUUACGCUAAUGGAAGAUAUUAUAAAGAAUGUGAAGAUCAAAGCCACGAUUAUAUUGAGCUCAAUAAAACUCUGAGUUUCCACGGCAUGAAUGGUACUCCGAUAAUACAAUGUCAGUGUAUUGACUGCAACUUUUUCAGAAUAAAUAACGGGAAUAAUAGCUUUGUAAAAAUAACAUUUCAAGAUCUGAUUUUAUCAACUACUGGUGCAUUGGUCACAAGUUAUUCCAGUUUUGGGUUGGUAUUUACGGGCUGUACGUUGAGGAACUACGAUAUAGGCGUUUACGUAGCAUCAAAUGAAUCUUGUUCAAUUAAAAUCUUCAAUUCGUUGUUUCAAGGCAAGGCCAAGUCCGCAUUACUGUUAAAUUGCUUAAACCUAACAACUCAUCUUGUUGCAACGACAUUCCAAUCCAGCCCAAUUGAAUUAUCUACUAGUAAAAACAUCCAGAGACGUGUACAAACAAUAGAAGUGUUUAUCUCUAAAUGUACUUUCGACGGUCAACAUAAACACACAAUGACUGAACAACUUCUGAUCCUACUUUAUGCAACUACAUCUAAUAUCACUCUUCAGAAUUCUACAUUCCGUAACUACUACGGGAGAAGUGACUGGGAAGGGAAUGCGGUAUCGAGUAUUCUUAUAAUGGACAUAGAUUAUGGCGUACGUAAGACCACACUAUCAUUUGAUAGGCUACUUUUUGAGAAUAUACACUGCACUGAUAUGGUAGUAGUCUUGAAACCUUUACAGAUUGCCAAUAUGAAACUUCAAGUUAGUAUUGUCAACUCGAUGUUUAGGAAUACCACACCAGCAUUAGCCGUUGUACCAAAUCCAAGACAUUUUGUAAACAAGGCUGCUAUAAAAAUAUACAACAAUACUUUUUUAGGUGUACAUGAAACAUUUAGCAACACCUGGCGAACUCUUGUAUAUUUGGGUUUUGGUAGAUUCCACGUAGCCUCGUGUCGAUUUCUUAACAAUACGGCAGAGAAUAACCCUUACGAUGCUCUAAUUCACAUAACAUCCAAAGCCAACGUGCAAAUGGAAGACUGCUACUUCGAAAGUGAUACGUUAUCCAUUCAGAUAUAUGCUGAGGAGAACAGCCAAGUUUCAUUUGAGAGGAGUAAUAUUAUCGACAUUAAAGCCUCAAAACGCCAGGAGGGUACCAUACUCUUAUACACGCCUUCAGUGCAACUUAUUAUUACAGGGUCAUUAAGAAUAUUAUGUCCACAAGGAUACAAUAUGAUUUCUCAACUCAGUUGUGAUUUACGGGACAGUGUAAUAUAUUGUUCGUAUUUAACUGCAUCCUGUGAGCAAUGUCCGCAGAGAACAUACUCCUUAGAAAGAGGGGAGUUAUUGAACAACACCAAGAAUAACCUGAAAUGCCAGGACUGCCCGAAGGGUGGAAACUGUCUGAAAGGACGUGUCACAGCAAAGCCCAAUUUCUGGGGAUACAGGUCAAACCGGACAGUCAAGUUUCUACAAUGUCCUCCCAAAUACUGCUGUGAUACAGAUCACUGCAAAGACUACAACAGUUGCCAUGGGAACAGAAUGGGUACUCUGUGCGGUGAAUGCCCCAGUGGGAUGUCGGAAUCGCUAUUCGACACAAAAUGUAAACCAAACAAAGAAUGCUCAAGCGUGUCGUUCUGGCCGGGAAUAAUAUGUUAUCUAAUGGUUUAUCUUGUGUUCUUUUUAUACCACGAGGAAGUGUUUACUUUCGUCCAACACCGCCUAUCCUUUCGACUCUCCACCCGACAUCACCCCUCUAAACCCAGUGGCUUACUUAAGAUACUGUUUUACUAUUACCAAGUACUACACUUAUUGAGAACCUCCGUCGGCUCGCGUGCAAAUGGGAAAUUUGUGGACGAGUUUGAAAAUGUAAUAGCAAGGUUCUUAAAUCUACUAGUCAUUGAUAUCCCAUUCUUUGACUGCCCAUUCAAGAAUGUGCGUCCUGUCCAAAAGGCUGUUAUACUUCAUUCCGUAGGAUAUGGCUUGUUGACGCUUUUGGCCGUGCUAUAUUUGUUUAGAUUACUGUAUGUAAUUGGAAAGCAAUUGACAAGCGGCAGUUCAGCUAACAUGACUGUAUUUACAGAUAUUGAAUCUUCAAACCAGGAAAGAAAUACUACAUCCUUCGUGGGACGUGUUGCUUCGGCUUUCGCAUACAUUUCGCUUCCAAUGUACGCUUCUUCAGCCCAACUCUGUCUUUCCCUUCUUCACUGUGUACCAGUUGGUGACAGCCAAGUUCUAUUUCUUGAUGGUAAUGUAAAAUGUUACCAAACAUUUCAAUAUUUUCUUCUUGCUUACAUGAUUACUUCCAUACUUCCAUUUUGUCUUGUUCCAGUUCUCGGCUCGUAUCUUUUAAAAAUGCACCGUAUAUCUGUACCACAGUUUUGCCUGGCUUGUAUGUUUCCUCUACCAUUUUGCUGCUACUGGACGUAUUUGUUGAUACGAAAUAAUACUGAUGGUGGUCGCGUAUUGUCAGUACAGAUCAAUGACUUAUCAACAGACUGUGACGGAAUGACCGAAAGUACUGAUGCAGUACAAAUAUCCACUAGAACAGAAACGUCCCAAGGUUAUAAUUCACCUGCAAGAACUUCCAUACUUCGUGUGCUGAUAGGUCCAUUUCGUCCUCACAAAUCAAGGUUAAUUUUUCCUGCCUCAAAUCUUCCCUGGGAAGGCUUUCUCAUAUUUCGCAGGCUAGCUUUGAUCCUGGUUUUAAUGUUUAUCUACGACAACCGUCUCAAAAUGUUCAUAGCUUUAACGCUCUCUAUCGUCAUAUUAAUGACUCAUAUGUACGUGAAACCGUUCAUAAAUCAGCGUGAUAAUUUACUUGAGGCGUUGUCUCUGGGUGCUUUGAUAAUUCUGUCCGGAUUCAGUCUGAUUAAAGCUAUGUAUUACGGGGAAGAUUUGUCAUAUUCGUCGAGUAAUCUGUCAUUGUUAAAACAGUUUAACUUGAUUGAAAAUAUCUUCAUCGUGACCCCACUUGUUGUAAUAUUGGUUAUCGUAUCACUUUCGCUUUUACUCAAGUUAAUAAUUUGUCUUCGGGCUUAUGUUAAUGGCUUGCUAAGAUCGAUAAGAACGCGAAGUAUGCGAUAA